AUGAAAGUAACUGGAAGUAUCGCGAGAUCUGGUCUUGCUUGUCCGAGUACGGCUUGUAUCGCUGUUGGAGACUGAAGGUUCAUUGGACGAGCAAGGCCCUGCUCAGGACUAGUAGUCUUUGCCGGGAGCUGCUGCCAACCCAUAAUUCUAGAAAGCUUGUGGAUUGUUGCCAGGGAGGCUCUGCAGCAAUUAUGGGGAACAUCUUUGGAAACCUGCUGAAGACCCUAAUAGGGAAGAAAGAGAUGCGGAUCCUGAUGGUGGGGCUGGACGCAGCAGGGAAGACCACCAUCCUGUACAAGCUGAAGCUGGGAGAGAUCGUCACCACCAUCCCCACCAUCGGGUUCAACGUGGAGACGGUGGAGUAUAAGAACAUCAGCUUCACUGUGUGGGAUGUGGGCGGCCAGGACAAGAUCCGGCCGCUGUGGAGGCACUACUUCCAGAACACACAGGGUCUGAUCUUUGUGGUGGACAGUAACGACCGAGAGCGGGUGAAUGAGGCGCGGGAGGAGCUAAUGAGGAUGCUUGCUGAGGACGAGCUGCGGGACGCUGUGCUCCUCGUCUUCGCCAACAAGCAGGAUCUUCCCAAUGCCAUGAACGCAGCAGAGAUCACUGACAAGCUGGGUCUCCACUCCCUGCGCCACCGCAACUGGUACAUCCAGGCCACCUGCGCCACCAGUGGCGACGGCCUCUAUGAGGGGCUGGACUGGCUGGCCAAUCAGCUGAAGAACAAGAAGUGA